AUGCCUUCUUUCAGACAAAUUUUGGCGGCUGCGGUGGUUGGAUUGGUUACGGUUACGUCUGCGGCUCCGGCUCUGCCAAAGAUCAGUGCGAGAACUUUGAAGGCAUUCGAUCUUCUCACCAAGAGACAAAACCCAGCGACUGGAUUACCUGAUGGAUUGGGCGAUGUUGAUAUUCUUCAAUUCGCUCUCACAUUAGAAAACCUCGAGACUGCUUUCUACCAACAGGGAUUCGCCAAGUUCCCAGAUUCCGAUUUUGCUGCUCUUGGUCUCAACGCGAUGCAAAUCACCGACUUGAAGUCAAUUGGAGGAACAGAGGCAACCCACGUUACCACGCUCACCAGCGCGGUGGCAGGUACAGGAACUCAGCCAGUCGCUCCUUGCACGUACAAGUUUGGCUUCACUGAUGCCGCUGGAAUGGUUGCUACUGCUAGCAUUUUGGAGAACGUUGGUGUAUCUGCCUACCUCGGUGCCGCUCCAUUAGUCCAGUCAAAAGCCAUCCUCGGCGUCGCAGCCUCCAUCGUAACCGUCGAGUCCCGCCAUCAAACCUUCAUCCGCACCGCCGCAAAAGCCGUCGCCAUCCCCUCCGCCUUCGACACCCCCCUCGGAAUCCGCAACGUCUUCACCCUCGCAGCCGGCUUCAUCGAGUCCUGUCCCCAAGGCUCCAACCUCGCCAUCACCCCCUUCCCAGCCCUCACCAUGACCACGCCCGCCGCAGCAGGCGCACCAGCUCCAGCUGCCGGAAGCACCGUUGCACUCACAUCUACCGCUACUGGUGCCACCUCCUGCGCGUUCUCCAACGGUGGACUCCCAGGUGGAACUGCUUUCACUCCUUUCGCCAACGGAGCUUGCACCGUGCCACCAAACCUCGCUGGUCUCGUGUACGUCAACCUCGCCAGCGCGUCGCCAGCCGAUGGUGUUCUCACCGACGCCAUCACCCUCGCCGGUCCAAUGCUCAUGCAAGUCUCAUAA